UUUCCCUGAUCCACAACUGAAACAUCCACUUCUGAACACCAUGUCCUACUACAGCCAUCUUUCUGGUGGCCUGGGCUGCGGCUUGGCUGUGGCUGUGACUAUGGGAAGGACUGUGGCUGUGGCUGAGUAUGGCAGGUGCAGACAUGGCUGCCACUCAUCUUACUCUGCCAGGUAAUGACACCAUGGAUUCCACUGAGGAACACCUAGAGCAGUUCAGUCUACUGCACUCCUCCAGCUUGAUUUCCUGAUUCUGUUUCUAUAAUUUUUCACGUGAGUAAUUAUAUUUGCUAUACAA